AUGCAACCUAAGCAACAACCACUGCACAAGAUAGCCAUCUGCCAACUGUUUCAAUUCACAUAUGUAAACCACAAGCCUUUUGAGUCGUACAUAGUGGAAGAUGAAAUCUUUCGUGCUUUAUACACAAACAAAGUUCUAUAUGCUAUAAUUGGACCAGUUGCUUGUAUGACUUUCGAUGUUGCAAUGGCUAUGGAAGGAUGUAAAGCCGUGGUCGAGAGUUUUUAUAGUGUAAUGGAUACACAAAGGCAAGUUGGCCAAGAUCAUGCCAUGUUAGAAGACAGAACCCUUGUUGAUUGGGCCAUGUCCAAUGUCUUGAAAUCAACAGAUGUGGUCUAUCAUGCAUCUCGACUAUACAUUGAUGGCGACAAAGGCUUUGGACUCUCACGUCACAGAGUUGGCUACUUGAACAUCGCUUAUUCAGACUCCUACAUGGCAAGUUAA